AUGGACACCUUUUUAGAUGCCGAUGAUGCCGCCCUCAAUGACCUGCGCGAGGUGCAUCAAGCCAACAUCUACCAAGGCUGGUUCAAAUCAGGCUCGCAAAACUUUCGUAUUUUUGACGUCUACAAGGAGAUGGGCUGGUACCAUCGCCGAAGCCGAAGCAACAUUGAACUGGCCAACUACAUCAGCGCUGUGAGCCCAGACGGCGGUGCCAUCGCUUUGAUUCGUGAUACCAGUCAGCCUCAGCUCGUGAUGGGUUCAUCCGAUGCCAACGUUAUCCACAUCUUCUCGCCUGCUGGUUACAAAAUGUCCGAAAUCAAGUGGCGAGGUCGUGGUCGCAUUGUUGGCAUGGGAUGGACCAACACUGAGAACCUCAUUGUCUUUGAUGAAGAGAACGGCGCUGGUGAAGUCUUUUCCAUGCAAGGCGAAUUCAUCCGCUCAGUCGAAGUCUGCAAUGAUCGCCGAGUCAUUCACGUCGAGUUCUCCCAUGGAGGCGAGGUGGCAGUCCUUCAAACCUCCAACCACGAACUUCAUGUGGCCGUCAAUUUAGAUGACCCCCGCUGUUAUCAACUCAAGGGCAUUGAAGACAUAGAAGACGAUGGCAUCUCUGCUUACGCCAUCUGGUCCACCGCUGGGAACGUCAAGGUCCUCGUGGCCGCCAACCGCUGCCUUUACGCCGUAACCAAAACAACUACGGAAGAAGUCUUGGACAUGACGCAUCGCUUCUUCAUCCGGGCCAUCGCGGUCUCGGCGGACGAGGAAAAGAUUGCUCUCUUCCAUGGCAAAGGCCGUGUCUCCAUUGCUACCGACAGCUUUCGAAGCUAUCAACUGGAGCUCGACACUCAAACUGAUCUGGAGCCGGAUGCUUUUGUGUGGUGUGGCAACUCGGCCGUCAUCGCUUAUUGGAAUGAGACCAAGCUGCCCACCGGCACAGGUGUCUACAUGCUCAUCCCACUGCAACACCGCGAAACUCGAAUCACGGAAGAGGAUUGUUAUAAGGAUAUGGCCGUUGGUCGUCUCCUCUUUGUUCAUGAACGUGACGGCUUGCGUGUCAUUGGAGAGACCGAGCACCAAUUUUGGCAAGAGAUUCCGCGAGAAACCUAUCGCACCAUCAUUGAAGCCUCUUCUCCCGAGAACAUGUUGCUUAUGGCUCGCAUGCGUUUUGAAAAACGUCAAGCCAAGGCUGAUCGUCUCCUACGCGACAUCAUGGGGCAAGAUCCACCAGGUCCUUUGCCAGAGGCCGUGGUCAGCUUGGUCCAAGCUGCGGGCUACGAGUGGGACAUGCGCACGUCUCGCUAUCUGCUCAAGGCUGCCCGGUUUGGCAUGGACUUUUGCGAUACUUCGAGCGAUGAUUUCAUUGCCAUGUGCCGCGAUUUGCGCAUCAUCAAGCACCUCCGCACGGCAAGAGUGGCAAUGCCGCUGACCAUCGAUCAGUACCGUGCGCUUACGGUCGAGGUCAUUAUUGAUCGCCUCAUCGCUCGUGGAGUUCACUGGCUAGCCCACGAGAUUUGCAAAUUUCUCAAGCUAGAAAACAUGCGCGCUAUGAACAAAGUUUUGGUUCACUGGGCCCGAACAGUGAUUUCCAAGCAUGACGGUUCGGAUGAACAAGUCGCUGACAUCUUGAUCCGCAAGCUGGCACACAAGACAGGCAUUCGAUUUGUCGAGAUUGCGCAGGCGGCCGCGGCUUCUGGUCGGCGCGAGCUGGCUGUUCGUUUGGUGAAGCAGGAAGCCAGCGCACGACUUCAAGUGCCUGCCCUUCUCGAGUUUCGAGAAUACGAAGAUGCUUUGCGCCGUGCCCUUCUUUCUGGAGAUCCUGACAUGAUUACAGUGGCCCUGGAGCAUCUCAAGAAGGCACAGGGGAACAUUGCAGCUUUUCACGAUGUUCUCCGACAAUACGAGAACGCCCAGCCCAUGUAUGAGCUCCGCUGCCGACGCCACAAUCUGGAAACUCUCAAGGCAUUUUACAACCAAUUGGAUCUGAAUCGCAAGUAUGCCGUCACAGCCGUGCGCCUGGCGUGUGAAUCCUCAAGCACCUCGGAAUGCAUGCGCGAGCUGUCGGAAGCACGGGAGCGGUUUGCCUGCGUCAAGGAGGACGGCCCAAUGCUUGCAAGCAUCGUGGAGCAACAAAUGACAUUGCUGCGUUGGAAGCAAGAAGUCAAACAAAAGCGCCCUGAAGAAGAAUGGAACUCGCUGUCUGUGCGAGAUGCCAUUUACCGGUGUAUCUGCCUGCAUGAUGAGAAGACGGCCGAGCGCAUGGCGAAGGAAAAUAAAGUCUCCGACAAACAGUUCUGGUGGAUCAAGAUCAAAGCUCUAGUUCACAACAGCGAUUUCCGUGAACUUGAACGGUUCUCCAAGUCCAAAUCACCUGUGGGGUAUGAACCAUUUAUCGUUGAAUGUCUCAAGAAGCGCCAGCCCCAAGAGGCUGCCAAAUACAUCGUCAAACUCCCCAAGGCACAACAAGUGCAGUUUUGGCUCAAGGCUGGCAAGUAUCAAGAAGCCAUCACAACUGCGGUUGCGCUCAAGAGUGAUGACCUACUUGACGAUAUUUUGAGCUAUGGCCAACAAUCUGGCCGACGCGAUAUCGUCCAACUGGUGAAUCAAGCACGUAGCUGA